AUGGUGGUGACGGAGGAAUUAGAAGAAUCAGAAAGUAUAAGUGAAUUAGGUCGUGACCUAGGAAUUCGUGAUGGAGAUGAUAUAAAUCUAUUAUUAUUGGUUGUUGGUGAUGUUUGUGGUGGUUUAACUAUAGUCAUAUUAGGUCGAAUUCUUUUAUUUUCCGAAGAAGAAAUUGAUAAUUGUGAAAUCGGUGUUUUUUCUUCUAAUAAACAAUCUUUCUUUUGUAUAUUUUUCGUUUAA